AUGAAACAUCCAAGACGUUCAGCACGUUAUCGAGUUCCGUCUGCCGUGAAGUGACUACUGAGCACUGACUAGAAAAAUAAAUAGUAAUAUUAGUAAUUCUUUCUAUCGCUUUACCGUAGUACCGUCAGUCGUCACUGUCGCUUUCCGUUGCUUCUCUCGCUCGUCCGUUCGACAGUCCAAACUAUCCGUUCGGUUUGGUGUUUAUUUAAUUUAAUUUUGAAUUUUAAUAUAAACAUAAUAGUUAGAAUAUUGUUGUUAUAGGAAGGAAUAUUUUAAUUGUUUGUCUCAUCAUUAUUUUGUCUUAUAAUCUGCUCCCGUUUGAUUAUUUUAUAUUCUAUAAAUAUUCUAUAUAUUACAAUAUAGUAAUAUACAUUAUAUAUAUAUAGCUCUACUAACGUUAUUAAGCGCUUAAUGAAGUAAUGGCCGUUUGUAGUUCAGUAGUGAAGACUGUUGUACCCGAUUAUAGUAAUGGUGACUGUGUUAAAUUGUGCAGUGAACACUAUUGGCCACCCAAAGAUGAAAACAAUCAAGUUUAUAGACAUUUACCUCCAACCACAGAUACUGUGCUGACAAAACCGUUUCCAAUUAGAGGUGAACGUCUUAAUUAUGUUAACACACCGCACGUUAUUGCUAUGGUCGGACUGCCGGCACGAGGGAAAACUUACAUUUCGAAAAAACUUUCCCGGUACCUUAACUGGAUUGGUAUUAACACUAAAGUUUUCAAUCUCGGAGAAUACCGGCGUCAUGCCACCACAGCGUAUAAGUGUCACGAGUUCUUCCGUCCGGACAACGUUGAAGCGAUGGCAAUUCGAACACAAUGUGCCAUCGACGCGCUUGACGACGUCUGCACAUGGCUAGAUAACGGUGGCGAAGUCGCUGUGUUUGACGCAACCAACUCGACCAUUGAGCGCCGGCAAUUGAUAUUGGAUAUCGUCGUAAAAAAACGAGGAUUCAAGUUGUUUUUCGUUGAAUCGGUGUGUGAUGACCCAAAAAUAGUCGAACAGAACAUAAUGGAAGUGAAGAUCAACAGCCCGGACUACCAGAGCAUGGGUGCUGAUGUGGCACUCAGGGAUUUUUUGCAGCGGAUAGAGCACUAUCAAGAGCGGUAUGAACCACUGAACGAAGAGACUGAGUCUGAAUUGAGCUUCAUGAAAAUAUUCAACACUGGCGAAAAGGUGUUGGUGCGCAAGCAUGAGGGUCACAUACAGUCACGCAUCGUCUACUACUUGAUGAACAUUCAUAUCAUUCCGAGAACCAUUUAUCUUACUAGACACGGCGAGAGCGAAUGGAACAAGGAAGGAAAAAUUGGCGGGGAUUCCCAACUGUCGCCUAACGGUGUCAAGUAUGCCAUCGCAUUAGCUAACUACAUAAACGAACAGAAUAUUAAAAACCUUCGGGUGUGGACAUCAUGGCAUUAUAGGACCAUUCAGACCGCUAGCGGCGUUCAGGCUCCGCAAGAACGAUGGAAGUCGCUGAAUGAAAUUGAUGCCGGUGUAUGUGACGGUAAAACGUACGCGAUGAUCAAACGCGAGUAUCCUGAGCAGUUUGCAGCCCGUGACAAGGAUAAGUUUGCGUACCGUUAUCCGAGAGGUGAGUCGUAUGAAGACUUGGUUGCCCGAUUAGAACCAGUUAUUAUGGAGUUGGAGAGACAGGGAAACGUUCUAGUGGUCAGCCAUCAGGCUGUGUUCCGGUGCUUACUGGCAUAUUUUUUGGACAAAAACUCAGAAGAGUUACCGUACUUAGAAGUGCCCUUGCAUUCGUUGAUAAAACUUACGCCCGUAGCGUACGGUUGUAGAAUGGAGCAAAUCAACUUUCCUAUCGAGGCUGUCAGCACGCAUCGUCCAAAGCCUCAGGAACCGGGAUAUCUGGAGGAUCGUUUUAAGGAUGAUGUAAACGACGGUGUCGGAGGCGGCGACAAUACGAACAGCAAAAAAGCGAACAACGGAGACGCUACACUGCCCACUUAACUUACGAUCCACCGUCAUACGGCCACGAUCACAGCUAUAUUAUUAUACUAUUACUAUAUCAGGGAUACCGCACCACCUUCUCUGUAUGUGCGCACGCCGUUAGAAACGACUGCGUUCUGCAGUGGAGGUCGUGAUGAAGAAGGCAUCGUUCACGCACUAAAAAUAAAUAUAAAUUAUCCAUUAUUAUAAUUUAUUGUUUCCGUAAAGGGGGAAGGGGAAGAAUGGUGAAUUUCGAUUUUUUUAUGUAUAAUUUAAUGUUUAAGAAAUAUAUAUAUGUAUGUGUGUGUGUGUAUGAUAUCAAUAUGUAAUAUAACAUGUGACAGAAACAAACUAUCCGAAUUCGACUAAUAUAUACCUGUGUAUAUAUUUUAUUUUAAUAAUAUAUGUAUAAUGCUUGUGUACAA